AUGUGUGACUGGGGGAGCUGCGAAGGCCAGGGUCCAUUCCACUUGCAUCCCAGCGGCCCAUUUGCCCUCUGCCGACCUCUGCCCAGGGACAAAACCCCAGUGCCCCAGUCGGCCCCUCGAACCCCCGUCGGGGAAGGACAGGGGUGGCCUCCUCCAGCCCCGCUGCAGAGUCCCGGCGGCUCAGCCGUGGCUGAGCUGCCCCCGGUGCUCAGCUGCGCGGCCCCCUUCGGAGGCCACUCCGCUGGCGACUUCGACGACGGGUUCCUGCGCAGGAAGCAGCGCCGCAACCGCACCACCUUCACCUUGCAGCAGCUCGAGGCCCUGGAAGCCGUUUUUGCUCAAACCCACUACCCCGAUGUGUUCACUCGGGAAGAGCUGGCUAUGAAAAUCAACCUCACAGAGGCCAGGGUGCAGGUAUGGUUCCAAAAUCGAAGAGCUAAAUGGAGAAAAACAGAGAGGGGUGCUUCUGACCAAGAGGGAUCUAAGGAAACCAUGGCUGAGGUGGCACCUCCUGCAAGGAAUUUAAAUUCCCCUUCUCCAGCAGAUCAAACCAGGAAUAAAAAAGAGGGUCUGGAGAUCCAGCAGAGCCUGAGUCGAGCAGUGGGUCCUACAGGACCUUUCUUCCCUUCCUGCCUGCCGGGGACUCUCCUCAACACAGCCACCUACGCACAAGCUUUAUCCCAUGUCGCCUCUCUAAAAGGGAGCCCGCUGUGCUCGUGCUGCGUUCCAGACCCCAUGGGCCUCUCCUUCCUGCCCACCUACGGCUGCCAAAGCAACCGCACCGCCAGCGUGGCCGCGCUGCGCAUGAAGGCGCGGGAGCACUCAGAGGCUGUGCUCCAGUCUGCCAACCUCUUGCCCACCGCCAGCAGCAGCCCCACUCCUCCUGCCAAACCCUCCUGCCCUGAGGGCAGCCAGGACAAGCAGCCCUCUCCAGCCAAGGAGCACAUGGAAGGGGAGAAGAGCGUAUGAGACCGGACUGGUGCUGGCCCCUGGGCUUAGGGCAGUGACCCGCUGGUGCUCUGCCGGGGGGUGAACUGCAGUGUGGCCAUUCCCGGUAUGAUUUCACAGGGCCACCAGGGACCUGGCACGUCUAAGUGGCCUCUUUGGCUGCCUUUCAUACACCCUUGCUUUUCUUGUGUCACUGUACGUUCAUUUCCCUGAUUUAUCAGCACUAUCUGUGUUUCGAAACAUUCAUGAAACUGUUUUUAUCCCCACUACCACAUCCCAGGGACACCAAAAGGCCUGGGAUCCUGCACAUCUUGACUUCCCAUUCUGUGUGAGGCGGAUGGCUGACAGCAGCACAUCACUUCCAGAUGUGAGUUCUGGGGCAGGAGAGGCAUCCAGGCACCAGUUACCCCACCACGCACAACGGGGGUGAAGGAAUAUCCCAGGUAUAGCCCAGUUUGGCCUGCUGUUUUCUGAAGGCAUUUGACUUCAACCAAAUUUAUCCCAGGCAAUCCAGGUGUAAGAGGAACAGAAAAUGUAACAAAACCCUUAGUAAUUUUUUCCUUCUGUCUUCUUUUCUCUGAAAGUGAAACUUCCCAUGGAGUAGAUUACUGGGAAGUUGCCGAGAUCAGUUUACCUGUGACUAAAAUCCUUGCACUAACCUCUAUGUGAACAUCAGUCUGUUGCUCUUGCCAUUCCCUGGGUUAGAUGUAAAAGACACGACUUGAAAAUGUCAUUCAUAGCUUCAAACUGUAAUGCUGGUAUUUAAUAGAGAAUGUGGUUGUCUCUAGAUCUGCACAAGGCUGGGGGUAUUUUAGCAUCACUGUCUAAGAAAAAGAGACUGGAAGACAAAAGAAUCCUGCAUUGCAAAACUGGAAAUAUAUGUUUCCAUGUUUUGUGUUCAAUAAAGAG